AUGCCUGAUAUCCAGCUAGGAUGCCACACUAUACAGUCCCAUGGCACCAAAUUGGCAAGAGUACACAUGUAUGACUGGAUUAUACUUUUAUGUCUUGCUGUACUUGAUGGACUGUUAAACAUAAUCGAACCCUUUCACCGCUUUGUUGGACGCGAGAUGAUGACUGACUUGAGUUAUCCACUCAAGGGCAACACAAUCCCAUUUUGGGCUGUUCCACUGAUUGCCAUCGUGCUACCCUGGGUCAUCUUUGGCGUCAUUUACUUCAAAAAGAAAAAUGUCUAUGAUUUACACCAUGGCAUACUAGGGAUCUUAUAUUCAGUGCUUAUAACUGCUGUGAUCACUGAUGCAAUUAAGGAUGGUGUUGGCCGCCCUCGGCCAGAUUUCUUUUGGCGUUGUUUUCCUGAUGGCAAACCUAAUUAUGAUAAUAUCACCACCGAUGUGAUUUGCCAUGGAGAAAAGAGUGUCAUCAAGGAAGGUCAUAAGAGCUUCCCAAGUGGGCAUUCUUCAUGGUCUUUUGCCGGUCUAGGUUUUCUUGCGUGGUACUUGGCUGGAAAACUUAAAGCUUUUGAUCGCAAAGGUCACAUUGCAAAACUGUGCUUAGUUUUUCUGCCUCUACUUGUCGCGUCACUUGUGGCGGUUUCUCGAGUUGAUGAUUACUGGCAUCACUGGCAAGAUGUCUUUGCUGGCGGCAUCUUAGGUCUUACAGUUGCUUCAUUCUGUUACCUGCAGUUCUUCCCGUUUCCCUUUGACAAUGAUGCUCUAUGGCCACACGCAUACUUCCAACAGCUAGCUGAGACGCACAGCGAUGGUAAUGCAAACUCAAUCAACAUAAGACCUACAGAGUCUGAAGAUGAACAAGAAGACCAUGGUGGCAUUGCCCUGAGGGACACCAGCCCUAUCUUGGAGUCAAUGGAGUCUGGCAGGAGACCAUGA